AUGAGCGCCCCUACAGAUACCGCAGAUGGCAAGCCCGAGCGACCUCCAAUCGCUUCCCAAGAAAGCACUCACCCCGCACUCCAUCCCGACAUCACCAGCGUACCCGUCACCCCCGGCGUCCACCUCUCUGGCAAGACGGCCUACUUUGACGAGUCCGCCGACAAGAAGGAGGACAGCAGCCUGCCCUUUGACCCGGAGACGGCCACGCCCGGGCCCUCGUGGAGCGCAAACUCAUACUUCUCCAACCAGCAAAGAGCCGAUGGUGCGGGGCCCCAGGUAGAGAAGGCGACAGGCGCGCAAACUGGGGAAGAAGUCAAGAGCAAGCUGGGUAAUACCCCUGGCUCUGCCCCCAAACACAACCUGGCAGACGUGGAUCCGCGUGCUGCGCAUCCUGGCCUCAAUCUCAGCGGCCGUGUCAUCAGUGCGACUUUUGCCAUACCCUACACCAUCGGCUACUCUCCAGGUAACGACUGGGAGCUCAAACCACGACGAGGAACCUCUGCCCUUUUUGAUUCAUUCUCCUACCUUGCUUCCACCUCGUCGCCUUGGAACCACACCCUUGUCGGAUGGACAGGAGAGAUCUCGCAUGCCACGUCGGCCGCCGCCACGGCUGCGCAGAUACCCACAAACAAGGCUGCUGCGCCCAUUCCCGUUGACCCCAAGAAUCCGAACCAGGCAACCCAAGUCUCGAACGGCUUUCGAAUCGGCCCCGAUGACCGAGGGCGAUUGGAAAAGCAGCUCGAGCGCGACCACGGCGGCAAGAUUGUGCCAGUGUGGCUCGUUGACGAAGUAGACGAUGGCAAGGAUGAAUACAUUCUCAAGAGCCAAAGCCAUUGGAGAACCUAUGCUGAGCACGAGCUCUACACACUGUUCCAUUACAAGCAGAACGAGCCAGCCGAUGGGCGUGCAGCGCGGAAAUCGUGGGCCGACUACUAUCGCAUGAACAGACUGUUUGCAGACCGAAUCCUUGAAAUCUACAGUCCAGGAGACAUUGUCAUGGUACACGACUUUUACCUCAUGCUUCUGCCAAGUUUGCUCCGCCAACGUCUGCCAAACAUCUACAUUGGCUUCUAUCUUCACAUUCCUUUCCCCAGUAGCGAGUUCUACCGCUGUCUGAGUAGGCGCAAAGAGGUUCUCGAAGGUGUGCUAGGCGCCAAUAUGAUUGGUUUCCAGUCGUACAGCUACGCACGACACUUCUCCUCUUGUUGCACUAGGAUUCUAGGCUUUGACUCGUCGUCCGAGGGCGUCGACGCCUAUGGCGCUCACGUAGCCGUAGACGUCUUUCCCAUUGGCAUCAAUGCUGUUUCGACACAACGGCAGGCAUUUGAUGAUCCGGAAAUUGACGAAAAGGUCAAGGGAAUUAGAGAAAUGUAUGCAGGCAAGAAGCUCAUUGUCGGCCGUGACAGGCUGGAUGCGGUCCGCGGAGUGGUGCAAAAGCUCCAGGCUUUCCAGCUCUUCUUGGAAAAGUACCCAGAGUGGCAGGGCAAAGUGGUUCUUAUCCAGGUCACUAGUCCCAGCGGUCUCCACACGGACAAGAGUGACGGUGCGCAAGAAAAGGUCGUCAAUAAGAUUUCCGAUUUGGCAGCCAAGAUCAACGGCACAUACGGCACUCUGGACUUUACGCCUGUUCGUCACUUCCCGCAGUACCUUUCUCGUGAGGAGUACUUUGCUCUGCUCCGAAUUGCAGACAUUGGUCUUAUUACCAGUGUACGUGACGGUAUGAACACGACAAGCAUGGAGUACAUCAUCUGUCAAAAGGACAACCACGGUCCGCUCAUCCUAUCCGAAUUCUCUGGAACGUCAAGCUCCCUCGGCAGCGCGAGCCACAUCAAUCCGUGGGACAUGAGCGGAGUAGCCGAUGCUAUCAACAAAGCGCUCAAGCAGGACGAAGCAGAGCGUGCACAGACACACGCACAACUUUACAAGCACGUUGUAGAGAACAAUGUUCAGGCGUGGACCAAUAACUACUUGAAGAAACUGAUGACGAACCUAUCGUCGUUUGACCAGACUUUUGCUACCCCAGCGCUAGAUCGGGCUAAGCUUCUGUUCCAGUACCGGCAGGCAAAGAAGCGACUAUUCAUGUUCGACUACGAUGGCACUCUGACCCCCAUUGUCAAGGACCCACAAGCAGCUAUCCCAUCUGACCGCGUCAUCCGAACUCUGAAGACGCUGGCAGCCGACCCUACCAAUGCUGUCUGGAUCAUCAGUGGCAGAGACCAGGCGUUCUUGGACGAGUGGAUGGGCCACAUUCCCGAGCUUGGUCUCAGUGCUGAGCACGGUAGCUUCAUGCGCCCUCCACGGUGUCAGGAGUGGGAGAACCUAGCCGAGACGACGGAUAUGACUUGGCAAACAGAGGUGCUCGACAUUUUCCAGCACUACACGGAGAGAACACAGGGUUCAUUUGUGGAGCGCAAGAAGAUUGCACUGACCUGGCACUAUCGCCGGGCCGACCCCGAGUACGGUGCAUUCCAGGCACGUGAAUGCCAGAAGCAUCUGGAGAGGACCGUGGCCAAGAAGUACGAGGUCGAGGUGAUGACGGGCAAAGCUAACCUCGAGGUUCGUCCAAGAUUUGUCAACAAGGGAGAGAUUGCCAAGAGGCUCGUCGAGGAGUAUGGUGAAGGACCCGGGAAAGCGCCCGAGUUUGUUCUCUGCAUGGGCGAUGAUUUCACAGAUGAAGACAUGUUCCGAUCGCUGCGCCAGUCGAAGCUGCCCACGGAUCAUGUGUUUUCAGUGACUGUUGGAGCGAGUUCGAAGCAGACUCUGGCGAGCUGGCAUCUUGUUGAGCCGUCUGAUGUGAUUUCAGUCAUUUCGCUGCUUAAUGGCUCAGCGGAUGCAGGCAAUGUUGGGGCGGUGGCGAUUGUGGAUGGGUCGGUGCCCGAGUCGCGUGUGGUGCCUUAG